AUGGCGAUGGCCGGGCGUGGGCUCUUGGCCCUCUUCUUCUCGGCCGCCGUGGUGGCUGGGCUCACCUCUGCGGCGAAUGGUCCUUUCCUGUCCGAUAGCGUCUUCCAGCUGAGCGCCGGAUCUACAGGGAGAAGCUUGCUGCAGGCCAAGAAUGUUGUUCCACACUCAAUUCCCUGCAGCUCAGGCAACUCCUUUGUUGUACAUUGA